CAGAGAGCUGACUGAUAAACCAAAUUCUCCGGCAAUCUUGAGUGCGGCCUUACAACUGACAGCGCCUGUCUGAGUCGGUGCACCUGUUGCUGUUGCACUGUGUCUCUGCCUGAUGAGCGGUCAUAUUAACUUUGGUGAGAAGCAGCCCUAAAAGGAGACAACCUGACAUUCAACUCAGAAAAUCUAAAAAUGAGUGACCACGGCUUGAGUAAGAAAUUUGUUAAACUGUUCUCCAGGAGAAGAAGAUCUGAUAAGGAUAUUGCUGAUAUGUCUGGCUUAAAACAGACAUUUCCUGAUGUUAUAAAAACAUUCUCACAUGAGGAUCUCCUAAAGAUCACAGAAUACUACAAGCCCUAUCUGACCUACGUGAUUGAAUACGACAUCACAAGUAUCCUUCAGAACCUGGCAACCAAGAAUAUCCUCACCAAUGAUGAGGCCAAGAGAUUCAAAUCCAAAGAAAAAUGUGAUGGGCGAGCAGGUGUGGAGUCCUUCAUCAGUGACAUAAUGAAGAUGGACAAAGCAAUACUGGUGAGCCUGUGGGAGGCACUGGCUGAAGAACUUGUGAGAUUUCCAUCACCGAACAUGACAAAUAUACUGAAGGAAGUGACAGAGGGGGGACCAGACCUCUUGCAUCUAAUUCAGGCCAGUCACCAGCCUUUUCCCAUUGAUACCCAUAUUAAAGGCCUCCAUGAGACACAUAGAGCAGAUGUGUUUGAAUCCACAAGAAAUCUGGAGGAUCAGGUUUCUCUCGGUGAUGCACGCACAAGGUCUGUGGGCUUUGAGACUCGAUACACAGAGCUGAUGGUCAUUGGUCAGUACAAAAAGAGCUACAAUGAGACUCACCAUGAACUUGUGAAGAUGGGGAAGACUCAUGCAGAGCUGGUGGAAGAGCGGACAAAAGAGAAAUGCAAGCGAAUCUGGACUGAGCAGCUUUUUAGGAGAAGUCCAGGAAGUGAGACUGACCCACACAUAAUAGUGGUCAGUGGAGUGGCUGGAAUUGGGAAGACCACUAUGGUCCAGAAAAUCAUGUUUGACUUUGCCAGAGGCACCCAGUACCAGAGAUUUGCUUUUGUGUUCCUGUUUAAAUUCAGGGAGCUCAACCUACUAGACACAGAGACAGAACCCCAGAUGCCUCUGACCAGGCUGAUUGUGAGGCACUAUAAAUAUCUCAAUGACCAGAGACUAACAGAAAUCCUGCAGAAACCUGAGUCCCUCCUUUUUAUUCUUGAUGGUCUUGAUGAGUACAAACACAAAUUGGACUUCACACAGAGGCAGCUCUGCUCAACCCCAGAUGACUACUUUCCUGUCCACAUCCUGGUCACAAGCCUUGUCAAAAGGACAUUACUGAAGGGCUGUUCAGUUUUGAUAACGACCAGACCAACAGCCUUGGAGGCCCUGGACAUGGAGAGAGUUGACCGAUUUGCAAAGAUCCUGGGGUUCUUCCCUGAACAAAGGCUGAUGUACUUUAAGAAGGUCUUUGGUGAUGCUGAUCGGGGCUCUGAGGCUUUUCAGUAUGUGGAGGAGAACGCCAUCCUGUACACCAUGUGUUUCAACCCCUCGUACUGCUGGAUUAUCUGCUCUGUGCUGAAAAACCACUUUAUGACACCAGAAGAAGAGCGAGGAGUCGCUCCCAGAACAGUCACUGAGCUCUUUGUGAUAUUCUUACACAACAUCCUCACCAAUCACAUGCGAGAAGCCAAAGACCAGUGGGGGAUUCUGAUUAAACUAGGAAAGAUGGCUUACUAUGGGGUGGCCAAUAAGACUGUUUUGUUUUAUGACAAGUUUGAGAUGUCCACCUUUGGUCUACAGUCAGUCUUAUCUUCUCAGUUCCUCUCAGGGUUCCUCAAAGAAAUCCUGCAGAGUGAAAGCACUCUGGAGCACACGACAUACACAUUCUUCCACCUCACCAUACAGGAGUUCAUGGCUGCCUGCUCCUUCUAUCUGGAUCCAUCAGAGGGUGUGGAGGACAUGCUUGUGAAGCUGGACUCAUGAAAAGAUGGCCGAUUUGAA